AUGUGUGACUGGAUCCUCUAUCUUCACUCUAACCUGUGCUCUGUUCCAUGGGUGGGCAGUGCGGCAGCAGCAGUGGCUCCCGUUUCCCCUCCUACCCCUGGUCACUACCAUGUCCUCUACCGAGGGUGUGGAGAAACGCAGUUGGACUGGCAUGGGGAGACAUACUGCCUGGUUGGUGGCUACCGGGCCUACGGGGACGUUCCUUUGGCCACGCCAGCAAAGAUGGAAGCAGAGAAGCCACCAGUCCCCAGACGUGCUCCCAAGAGAAAGCACUCUCCGGAAAAGUCGAACCACGAUCUGGGUUGCCCCAGACCCAAAAUCCGGCGAUUGCAGCAUGGUGCCAGGAGGUAG